GCUCACGGACAGCUUCACAAUUCACACAGUCUCUCUCCUCUUUCUCUCUCUCUCUCUCUUCUAAAGUUUCCACCGGCGCCUGAGUUCACCGCAUUAUCCGGCCUCCAUGGAUUCCCCCAUCCAUGGCGCCUUGAAGCUCUUAUUUACGGUAUUUUGUAUGGUAUCUGUGGUUGUUGUGGCGGUUGCAUCGCCGGAAAAUUCCGCUUCUAGAUCGUCGUCUCCGGCCAUGUCCGGCCAGAUCAACUCGAAUUCCAUCCUCGUUGCUCUACUGGAUUCUCAUUAUACGGAGCUGGCGGAAUUAGUUGAGAAGGCUAUGCUAUUGCAGACCCUAGAAGAUGCCGUCGGCAACCACAAUAUCACCAUUUUCGCCCCUAAAAAUGAAGCUCUGGAGCGCGAUCUAGACCCUGAGUUCAAGCGGUUCCUUCUUGAGCCGGGGAACUUGAAGUCGCUCCAGACCUUGUUGAUGUUCCAUGUGAUUCCGACUCGGAUCAGAUCGAAUGAUUGGCCGGCUCAUUCCAAGUCCGCACGGCAAUCCACGCUUUCCAAGCAUGUUCUUCAUCUUGCCGGUCAUCAUUCCGGGGAGAAGACCGUCGAUCUCGCCAAUGUGGUUCAUCCGGAUGCUAUUACCCGACCAGACGGCGUGAUUCACGGGAUUGAACGAUUGCUAAUCCCUCAGUCCGUGCAGGACGAUUUCAAUCGCAGGCGAAAUCUUCAGGUUAUAAGCGCCGUGAAACCAGAGGGAGCGCCUGAAGUAGAUCCGAGAACUCACCGGCUAAAGAAACCGGCUCCACCUGCCGAAGCCGGUUCCCCGCCUGCUCUCCCUAUAUACGACGCGUUGGCUCCAGGACCUAGUUUGGCUCCGGCUCCAGCGCCAGGACCUGGCGGAGCUCAUCGCCACUUCAACGGCGAGAGGCAAGUCAAGGAUUUCAUCCAAACUCUGCUACACUAUGGUGGAUACAAUGAAAUGGCGGACAUUCUGGUUAACCUAACAUCGCUAGCGACUGAAAUGGGGCGACUGGUAUCGGAGGGUUAUGUGCUCACUGUUCUGGCUCCAAACGAUGAAGCCAUGGCUAAACUAACUACAGACCAGCUAAGCGAGCCAGGGGCACCGGAGCAGAUUAUGUACUAUCAUUUAAUACCCGAGUAUCAGACGGAGGAGAGUAUGUACAACGCUGUUAGGAGGUUCGGGAAGGUGCGAUACGACACAUUGAGGUUGCCGCAUAAAGUGGUGGCUCAAGAGGCCGAUGGGUCGGUCAAGUUCGGCAAUGGAGAUGGAUCGGCGUACUUGUUUGAUCCUGAUAUUUACACGGAUGGACGGAUCUCGGUGCAGGGCAUUGACGGGGUAUUAUUCCCGCCGGAGGAGAUUGAGGCCAAGAACGCACCAAAGGCAGUUCAACCCACCAAGGUCGUGGCCAAGCCCCGCAGAGGGAAACUACUGGAAGUCACUUGCCGGAUGUUGAGAACUUUUGGACAGGAUUCUUCUUUCACAGCUUGUCACUGAAGCUUGUGAUGGUUGAUUAAAGCAAAGAAAAAGAUGGUAUCAUACACAGAGGAGGAUCUGUAAGGAGGGACAACUCGACUUUGGUGGGCUGCUGGUAGGAGAAAAGGUCGUGGAGUAUUUUUUUUUUUUUUUAAUUUUUAAAUUCAAUGUUUUGGAGUACAUAAUACAAAUCUAUUUUGUAUACCUUAUUCAUUGUCCGUGGUGGAAGUGGGAUCUGUAAGUUGAGUCUGGCCAAGAUGUAUGGGCAGGUAAACCUGCAUGCUUCUAAUCUGCCCCUGUCAAUAAUUUGAAAUAAAAUGUAAUGUGGAGUACGAAAAGAAGAAUUCUCUGUAAUUUCAGUUUUA